UUCCAAACCUGCUUUCUGCACCUGGCUCUCAGCCCUGCCCUCAAGCUGUGUCAUGAAGAGAGUGACCCGGGGCCUUCUCCUCACACUGGCAGGUCUGCCUGCCUUGGAAGCCAAUGACCUGGUUGGUGGAAAAUGCAAAUGCAAGUACAAUAAGAAGCACAGCCCCUUACCUGAGAGAGCCACUCCACUCAUCACUCCAGGCUCUGCCAGUACCUGCUGAGCACAGGACCAGCUUCGCGCCAUCUCCAUA